GGCUACUGUAUCUUGCAUGGGCCAUAAUGUAGGUAUCAGCUAAAUAUUUCAAGCGACAAUCGUUUAGGCCGAGUCUGAACCCCUAUCUCUGUCGACAGUCGUAGCCCCUAUUCCACUAGCCACCACAGCCACAUAUCUUCGCCAGUAUCGAUAUUAUCAAUUCAUACUGUAAAAUCAUUCGAUCUCCAACUAGAGUGUCUCUUAUCUACAGCUACUCCGAUCACGCUCAAAUACGAGUGAUUAUAUGCCGAUACGUAGUAAUUCGAUGGUCUUAUCUCAUUAGGAAUAGAGAACACUAGAGACAUCUAGUCUAUUUGGUACCUAGAAGACUAUGUAUUUAAGCCGCCAUACGUAACUUGCUAUUUUAAUCAGAUCGCUUAUUCCACUAAGGCGUCACGAAAUGGAUAUCGUGCCCUCUUGUCUAUCCGCGCCUUUGCCUUCAACAUAUUGAAUCAAAUCAUUUCUCACCUCGUAAACAUGGACAAACGCGCCGCGAUUCCCGUCGCCCUGCCAAGGGAAAACCCUACCCAGAGUUACUGGCAGCUUGAACCCGACGAGAUCGCCGACUUGCGCUUGACCAACUCGCUGCCUGAUAAAGCCGACGUCGUCAUCAUCGGAAGUGGAAUUACCGGAGCUGCCGUAGCUUUCAACCUCUUGAGCAGCGGCGCCCGCGAUGUUGUCAUGCUGGAAGCUCGGCAAGCGUGCUCAGGCGCUACCGGACGAAACGGCGGGCAUACCAAGGCGGCGUCCUACCGCUCAUUCUUAGCCCAUCAGAAAGAAUAUGGAACAGCUAUGGCGGCGAAGAUUGCUCGCAUGGAAUUGGCGAACGUGCGCGCCGUCCAUGCCUUCGCAAGGGAACACGGGAUCGAAUGCGACAGCACUCAACUCGACACCGUAGACGUCGUCUACGAAGCGGCGCAGUGGGAGCUCGACCAGAUAGCUGUAAAGGCCAUGCAGGACGCGAUGCCGGGCGACGACGCGUCGAAUUACAAACUCCACAGCCCCGAAGACAUGCGGAACAAAUUCUUCUGCGGCCGAGGGGGUGAUGAGGGGGUGAGUGGUGGCGUGUCAUACGAGGCGGGUAGCUUGAGCGCGUAUAAAUUCGGCAUCGGCGUGUUGAAGCUGUGCUUGGCGAAAGGCCUCAACUUGCAGACGAAUACGCCCGCGCUGAACCUGGAGAAGCUCGAGGGCGGCGGCGGCUGGAAGGUCGAAACGCCUCGGGGCGCGAUCCGCGCGGGGAAGGUCGUCCUCGCUACGAAUGCUUACACCGCGAGAGUCUGGAAUAGGUUCCAAGGCGUCAUUGUUCCGCUUCGCGGAAACGUGACUGCGCAGAGGCCCGGAUUGAAUAUGCCGAAGGACGGGUUGCCGGCGACGUACAGUUUCGUCUACGAAGGUGGUUAUGAUUACAUGAUCCAGCGACCUAAGGGCUCUAAGUUCGAAGGUGACAUCGUGAUUGGCGGGGCCCUGGCUAAGGCCCCCGAGGAGGGGCUCGGGGAAUAUGGGACCACGGAUGAUAGUGCGGUUAAUGACGUUAUCAUGAAGUGCCUUAAUGAAACCUUACCAAAGUAUUUCGGCGAUAAUUGGGGCGCCGACGACCCGGAGGGACGUAUUCGCAAGGCGUGGUCAGGUAUUAUGGGGUUUAGUCCUGAUGGCUUCCCCUUCGUUGGUGAGGUACCUGGGGAGAAGGACCUCUGGAUCUCGAGUAGUUUUCAGGGGCAUGGUAUGGUCCUAUGUUGGAUGUGUGCUCGCGCGCUUGUAGCGAUGAUGGAGGGUGGUGACGAGAAAGAGCUUGAUGUCUGGUUUCCCGAAAUAUUCAAGAUCAAUGAGGAGAGGUUGAAGUUAACUUUUAAGGGACGGCUAUCCUGAUCAGGGAAUCAGCUGAAUUGGUAAGGCUCGUUCAAGAGGUUGCAAUCGCCUUUCUUGUAUAUAAGCUGCCCUACGACUAUAAGUUUGAGUAAAGAGGUUUGGCGUGAAGUUCAUCUAAUUAUCUAUGUUAUGGGCCCUGGGAGGGCAAGGAGAAAGCGUCAUUUUUGAGGCCGGUUAGGUAUGUUGCCUAACGUCGGUGCAUGGUAGAAUGACGUUGCAUAAUGAUUUAGGUCGCCAACAAGGUGAGGUGACUCAGGACUCGUUGCUCCUUUCUCGAGACAAGGGCGGUCUAAGGCAUUAAAACACAACGUAAUUAGGAUCUAGAUCUGAUAGUUGAUAGAAAAAGGAGCGUCGUAUGAUCUCAGCCAGUAAUCUCGAGAAUGAAGUGCAUCUUGUUUCACUCGUUACGACGCUACCGCAGUCUUAUCACCUCGUUCAUGCGCUGUAUAUCUACCCGGCACCGAAAACGAGAUGCAUAUAUUUCGGGAGCGAAGGACCUUCAGCUUCGGCUGGUCGGACGAUCGGCCAACGCAGCAUUAGUC